AUGAAUAACAGUGAGGAGGAUGUCUACGUUUGCCCUAGCUUCAGCAGCUAUUCAUCCCACCGAUUAGCAGAAACCGCUAAUAGGGUCGCCGAAGAGAAGAGUUCGAGCGCCGCUGACGAAGAUUUUGAAUUUGUUCUCAUUCACGAUGGUGAAGAGCUUUUGGUCGACGGCCAGAUCCAGCAGGUUUUCCCUGUAUUCAACCGCGAUCUGCUGCAAGACGGCGGCGAUUCGCCGGAAUUCAGAGCCGAUAUCCCGCUGAGCAGGCUUUUCAUUGAGGAGGACCGCGAGCGGGACCGCCCUCCGUCGUGCUCCUCGUCGGAAGCCGAUGAGCUGGAGAAUGUCCCGGCGGGGUCGUACUGCGUGUGGCGGCCGAGGACGGCGGAGGCGCCGAUUCCCAGCCAGUGCAGGAAGAGCAAGUCGACCGGAUCGGCGUCGAUGCGGUGGAAGCUCCGAGAUCUCCUCCGGCGGUGCAAGAGCGACGGCAAGGACAGUUUCGUCUUUCUCACUCCGAAGCGCGUUAAGGAGGAGAAGCCGCAGGUGAGAUCGGGCGAGGGGAGAGAGCACAGCUUUUCGGCGUUUUACGGACAGAAUAAGGCUGUGAAGGAAGGGAAUCGGAAGAAAUCGUAUCUCCCGUACAGGCAGGAGCUGCUAGCCGGAUUUUUCGCCAAUGUAAACAGCCUCGGCAAGAGCUCCCCGCACUUCUAA